AUGUCCGAUCAGGAAAACACCAGUCGUCCUUCUAGUCCGACUCCGAACCCAACCCACACAGAAGAGGGUGCACCCCCCACCCCCAAGACAGACACCCAGACACCAACAAAGAAGCCUCCAAAGCUAGGCAAGAAGAAGCAGCAGCAGCAGCAGCAGCAGGAGGAGCCUCAGCCUCAGCCUGAACAAGCACAAGAACAAGAACCAGAACAAGAGAACAAAGAGGAUCCUCCAGAAGACACCAAGGAAGAACCUCAAGAAGAUACUAACAACAACAACGCCAACGGCGAAGCCACCGAACAAGACCAAGAACAACAACAAGAACAAGAACCAGAACCACAACCUCGCCCCCGCCGAAGAAAACCUCAGCGCUACCGCCCCGACUCAGACACAGAAAGCAUCCCCCGCCCCGAAAUGGACAACAACGCAAUGGAGAAGCCCCGCCGCCGCAGACAGCGUCCCCAGAUGCAGCAGCAACAGCAGCAACAAGACGGCGGCCCGCUCGGCGGCCUCGGCGGCGUGAACCAGGUCGGCGAUCUCGUGCAGAACACGGCUGGGAACGCGCUGAACGGGGUGACUGGAUCAGCGGGCAAGGCCGUGGGCGGGCUCCUGGGCGGGAAUAAAGAAGAUAAAGAAGAUGGACGGGACGAGCAGUUGCGGCUGCGGCUGGAUCUGAAUCUAGAUAUUGAGGUGCAGCUCAAGGCGAAGAUUCAUGGUGAUCUGACAUUGGGAUUAUUGAACUGA